ACUCUUACAGCGGGAAAGGCUACUUCACAGCAGUUCUCCCGUGUCUUUCUUUUGUUGAUUUGGACAUUCAUUGAUUGUCUGUUAGGAGUGGAACUAACUGAGACUGGGAGAGGAACGCAAAUUGGCCAAAGGUGACGUUUGGACAAUAAAAAGGGAAACUGGCUAGACAUUUCCUGUAGUAAAUGGAUUACAUCUGACAACACAUACCAGAGGAUUUUUUUUUCUUCCACGUUUUGAGGCUAUACCGUGUUUGUUUACAAUUACGAUGUUAACAAAUGUUGCCAUAAAGCAAGAUUAUAUUCUGGGUUCUGAUGGGGUACGACAGUUGAACUAAGCUCAUUAGUUAUUUUUCAAUUAUAUUCUUCUAGAAUCAAUGGCUUAGCAAGAACAUUACUGCUUUAUAAAUCCAAAAGUGGAUGUAGCCACUGCAGAUUGCGCCUUUGGAGUGAAAAUGGCCACAUCAAAAGAUCAAGAUGUUGAUAACUGUGAAACUAGCACUCCUGAACAGUCAAAUCCUCUGCUACCCCAGUUGUCACAACUUGAUGAGCUCUCAAACGUAAUUGAAAGGGCAGAACCUAGUGAACAGGAAUUGAAGACUUUAGUUUCACUUCUUCUGUCUCUUGGUGAUAAUAUCGAACGCGAUUUAAAACAACAUAACUUAAUGAUAGAUAGGCUUAAAGUCAUACAUACAAACAUCAUGGACAAACUCAGUCCUGGUGAAAAGGAUGGUAGUAGUUUCAUCACUGGAACAAUAAGACAGUUCUACAAAAAGGCACUGGAUUCAGUAGGAACAAUCAUCACUAAACUGGCCAAAGAGAUUGGAGUCAACUAUUCAGGGUCAAAUAUGUGUCUCCAAAAAGAGUUUGGCCUUAAAACCGAUUGUCCAAAGGAAUGUUUGAAUUGCAACCAUAUAAAGAGCUCAAUGUCCUGGAUUCAGGUUGAACCCUCUGUGUCUACAGAGGAUGAGACCACCGUCUACACACUCGACUCUUCUGCAGCAGGGCAUUACGAGUGCAUCUUAUCAGGGCUGCAGUGGGUAUGUGAGAGCAAAGUCAGUCUGCGAUACCAGUUCAGCUCCUGGGAGCCUCACAGGGCCACUCUGAACAACAUGCGCUUUGAAGAAGGAGGUCCAUUACUGGACAUCACAAUGAUUUCUGGCAAACUAGAGGAAAUUAGUCUGCCACACUUUGUCUGUAUAGAUCCAGACUACCCACAAUCCUCCUUGAGAGAAGACAUGAAGGUUCUACAUGUGAAAGACAACAGAGUGCUUGUGGAAGAAGUGGAUGAGGUGACGGGGUUCCACGCCAAACUGCUUCAUCCCUCCUUCUCUGGCAGGGGUUUGGUACUGAGACGUGGGUUGCAUUGGAGAGUGCACUGUGACCUUCUGAUCUUUAGGUCCACCAGAGCACUCCUCACCUUACACACAUAUCUGAUCCGAUGUGAUCCUUCUCUAGCACGGGAGGUGGAGGCACAGGAGAAGUCCUAUGGAUUCUUAAGACUUCCAAAGCCAAAGCCGGAGAAGUCCCUCCGGAAGGGGAGUCGCUUCACCCUCAAGACCUCGUGUCAAUCCUCGAUUACGCCAGAAAAGAUCAAGCUAAGAAGCACCAGGCCAAACUACUUUGAAGUGUACAUAAAGGACCCUGCGAUGGACUUUGAGAUGGAGUUGAUAAGUGAGAAGGGAGAAUCUGCAUGGAAAGCUGAAAUACGAACAGAGGAAUACAGAGAUGAUUCAUCCACAAGAGACAUUGAGUUUGUUGAUGAAUUCAGACCACAGAUCAUUCAAAGGGUCAAUAAUGUGUUUGCCAUAGCAGAUAUUCUCUUCACGAAGGGCAUGAUCGGUGAAGAGAUCAAUGCAAAUAUCAGCGCUGCACCGACCCGCCAGGCCAAGAUGAGAGUGAUAUACGAGGCACUGAAUUCAGGUGGACCACACGUCAAAGCUGCAUUCUUUACUGUACUCAAAGAAAAGGAACCCUUUCUAGUCAAAGACUUGGCUCAAUAAUACCUUAUCGCUCAAUCUCUAACACACCUCUACGAGACCAUUAUGCCUAGACACUUUAUUGAGCAUGUUCUCCUUCAGUCCAGCAGGACAGAGGCAAGAGGAGGAGUGAUGAGGAGAACUAUGAAAGAAGAGACUUUUCAGCUGUCAAGAAUAGCAGUCCAAGGCCCAGUUCUCUGUGACAGAGGGCAUGGGUAGGAAGGCCCCGCCAGCAUUUAUUAAAGACAAUAAGUCAAUAAGUCAAUAAGACAAAUUUGAAAUGAACUGGGACUGGAAUUCUUUCAAAUAAUAAUGAAAGGAUAAAUAUGUUACAAGGUUGAAAACAUUGGGAAAUAUACAGUGGAAGAUAUUAAAGGGUGAUUAAAUAAAUGCAGUAAAAUGGUUAAGGAUGUUAUAAUGAUGGUUGUUUUUAAGGUACAGUACAUCUGGAACAUGUUUAAGAGUCUUGGAGGAGGUUGAUAGUGACAUGGUGUAAUGAUGAAAUGUUUAAAAUGUUGGACGUUUAAGAUGUAAUGGGAGUAAUAAAAUAGGUUGGAGUAA